CCGCCGGGGGGCGGGGCGGCGGCGCUCUGGCGGCGGCAGCAGCAGCAGAGCAGCAUCAGUAGCGAGCAUGUCGUCGAGCAGGGCCAAGAAAGUGAAGAUGGCCACCAAGUCGUGCCCGGAGUGCGACCAGCAGGUUCCUGUUGCAUGUAAAUCGUGUCCCUGUGGCUACAUAUUUAUUAGUCGAAAACUCCUGCAUGCUAAACGUGCAGAGAGAUCGCCACCCAUUACAGAAAACAAGAGUGAGGCCAAGAGGAGACGGACAGAGAGAGUUAAGCGAGAGAAGAUAAAUUCUGCGGUAAAUAAAGACUUAGAAAACCGAAAGAGAUCGAGGUCUAACAGCCAUUCAGAUCAUAGCAGACGAGGAAGAGGAAGACCUAAGAGUGCCUCAGCCAAAAAGCACGAGGAAGAAAGAGAGAAACAAGAAAAAGAAGUUGACAUGUAUGCUAACCUUUCAGAUGAAAAGGCCUUCGUAUUUUCAGUGGCCUUGGCGGAAAUAAACAGAAAAAUUAUCAAUCAAAGACUUAUUCUGUAACUUGUAAGCACAAUCUGAUGCGUUUAUAUAUGGAAUGACUAGCAUAUUUCCAAGGUGUCAUGGACUCUCGGAAAGCGUGUUGUCUGCGCCAAUAAGGACCGUAGUAUUUCCUGUUAAAAUUCUGCUGCUGUUUUUGGAAAUCACAUUCUGUCUCUGCAAGUGAGAAAGGAAGUGUUCUCAAGAUUGUGCUAUGGAAAUCAGAAAGCAGAAGUGUUUUAUGCCUUGAAGACAAAUACUAGACGAAUGCUCAGAGAGACUGCACCCAUGCUAGAGCACUUCUUGUAGAUUUGCUGCCAGAAAUGCAAUAUUUUAAAUAUUUUCAGAAAGUAAUGAUUUUCCUUUAAAAUCAUAUAUUUCAGAUUUUUGGCUGUAUUGCAGUUUACAUAUGUACAGUUCACUUAACUUUUUAAUAAAUUGAUAUUGCAAUAUUU